AAGUCGCUUUCUACGCUUUCUAAUAUGUGUCAUAUGAUCAUAUAGUAAGGAUCGAUCGCAAUAUCGGGGGAGUGUCUUUUACAUCGUUUUAUUUAAAUGAAAAUAUUAAAAGAAAAGAUGUUGAAUUUAUUUAUCUGUUUUGUAUUCACUUUGGCUGGAGUUUAUGCCAAUGGUGAAUUUGUUGUACUUCAUAGUCCAGAUAGUGUAUCUUUUCAUGGAAAUGAAAAGAUCUUACAAAGCUUACUGAAAGAAAUUUUUACAGCUUCCUUGGGUUUCACCAUUAAACAAAAAGGAACUUGGGAAGGUAUUUCUAUCAGAGAUCCAUUUUCAUUACCAGAAGCUAUCGUUAGUAUUGCGGUAGAAGGAGUUGAUAAAUUAGAUGUGCCAAAUGGAAAAAAGUUUCAAUUAAAUGACGAUGAAAUUGAAGAAACAACGUGGCAAGCAAUUAGUGGGCGACUUGCAGAAAGAGAUAAUGAUAACACAUUAGUCAGAAUUUAUCUAGGAGAUGGUCUUGAUGCUCUUGGACAAUCUGCACUUGGUGAGUUGAAACCAGUCCCGAUAGAUGAGUCAUCUUUAAAAGCACUGCGUUUAACAAAUGAAGAAGACCAAAAAUUUCUUGAAGAGAUACAAUUACUUCAUGCAAUUGCAAAGAAAGUACCUACAGCAAUUAAAGCAGAUGACAAACCAGAUGUUUACUGGUUGGUAGUCUCAGGAUUACGUCCUGUACUUGAUUUACAUGGGAAAAACUCAACAGCUGCUAAGGAAGCUCUUCUUCUCUUGAAUAAUGCUUUUAAUGGUAUUAGUGAGGCAUUUACGAAGGCUUAUGAUGACAAAGUUGUAAUCACAGCGUUUACAAAUGAUGCAAGCCUAGUACGUCAUACUCGUUCCAUUUCUUCUGAUAGGCAACGUAGAGAAGCACAGGAUGAUAGGCAUAAAAACGUAGUAUCCAUGGUGGAAUCCAGUAAUACAGAAUUUAAUAGUAAUAACAUUAUUAAAAAGCAAGCUGACCAAGAAGAAGAAAACAGAAAUAUAAGUGAUGAAGAAAACAUAGAGAUUAAUAUUCAUAGUACUAGCGAAAUCAACAGUGAUGUCAGCAGUACCACUGAAUAUAGCGACACCAAUGCUGAUAGUGGAAGUACUGAAAAGUCUGAACAAGACUUAGCUAAAAUGGAAAAUAAAAUAAAUACUAACACAAAAAGUGUAGGACAGCCAGCUGAUCAAGAGGACAAAAGUAGAAAUAUAAACGAAGAAGAAAACAUAAAUAUUAGUAUUCAUAGUGCUAGCAAAAUUAAUACUAAUAUCAGCAGCACCACUGAAUAUAAUGAUGUCAAUACUAAUAGUGGAAAUACUGAAAAGUCUGAUCAAGAAUUAACUAAUACGGAAAAUCAAAUAAAUAUUAACACAAAUAAUGUAAGACAGGAUGAAUGGAACCAUGCUAAAUAUUAUACUUACAAUUAUCCAGUUAUAUUUAAUAUCUUUUUAUGGUUUGGAGUAGUCUUCGUAUUCUCUCUUCUUGCUAUUUGCAUUGCAAUCGCGGACAUGGACCCAGGUCGUGACUCUAUUAUAUACAGAAUGACGUCGAAUCGUAUGAAAAAGGAUAAUUAAUUGUGAAUACAUAAGCAAGUAGGUAUUCAAAAA